UCGUUUCAAGCAAGACUUCAGUUUUCGACUGCUGUGGCAUGCGAGCCUUCGGAUUCUAGUUGGAAACGUCGGGUUGAAGGAAAACACGGUUGUACGGAGUUGAAACUCUUCUGAAGUAACAGCACGCAGUCUUUGCCCUUUCCCUGGCAGCUGAGCAAUAGUACUACUGAAGUAGUACCAUUCGUAGCCUAGUGGUUUUGAAUGCUCAGCGAAAGGUGCUGGAGAAACUCGCCAUUCCUUUGCUUUUGACGUUUUUGUUCAAUGAAGAGAAUUUCUUUCAACGUUCGUUCUUGUUCUCAACAGUAGUACACGUUCGAGCGCUCCGAGCCAUAGCAUAGACUGUAUGUUGUGUCCGGCCGCCGGGUUGGCGAAAUCGUGGACCGCUGCACCGUGUGUACCGUGUGCUUUCGGCCGCCGCACCUAUGGGGCAGGACUUGUCCCACUUCAAAGCUGUACGCGAUAGUGUGCGGCACAACGACGAGGACGUGUACGAGAUAGACCUGACCGGCAAGAAUGUGGGAGACUCGCGGACAGUGAAGCUAGCCCAGGCUCUCCGACAUAACGACGUGGUGGAGAAGCUUGUCCUAAAGGACUGUGAUGUAUCUCAUAUCGGUAUAACACAUCUAUGUGACACACUGUGUAGUGUGCUCAUCACCACUAACAUCCGUGUACUGGUUCUCGAUGACAACCCAAAGAUUGGUUCGGAGGGUGGUCGGCUUAUUGGCGAUAUGUUGAAGAACAAUGGUCAACUGGAGGAGCUGAGCUUGAAUGGCUGUGCUUUAGGAGAUCUUGGUCUUGUUGGAAUUGCUUUUGCACUGCACGACAAUCAGACACUGGUAUCACUGGAGCUCGGUAGUAACGGUCUGAAAGACGAGGCGGCGGAGCACAUCGCCGCCAUGCUGAAGGAGAACACUAAGCUGGAGGGACUCUCACUCUUUCAGAACCAAAUCACUGGACAGGGGGCUAAAUGUUUAGCUGAAGGACUCUGUGUGAAUCGGACACUGACCUGGCUGGGCCUUGGCAAGAAUUUCCUUGGAGUUGAAGGUGCCUGGGCGUUGAGUGAUGGAUUGCGCGCUAAUCGCGGUCUUCAGUGGCUGGCAGUCGGCGGAAACUCCAUUGGCGAUCGUGGUGUAACCCACUUGGCUACCUUGGUCUCGGCUGAACAAGAGAGCUUGCUAUCACUUGGUUUGGGGGACAAUGCCAUCACGGACGACGGUGCAGUCAACCUGGCGGAGGCGUUGAAGCGCAACAAGAGAAUAUCAUCGCUAGGCCUGGAGAACAAUCACGUCGGCUUGCAGGGUGCCACAGCGCUUGCUGGUAUGCUACGGAGUAACCGCCACUUGAAGACACUGGUGCUGAGCGGAAACAAAAUUUGUGACAAUGGGGGAUUACAGCUAGCCAUGGCUCUGAGUGACAAUCGCACACUGGACACCCUUCACCUAGCAAGCAAUCCUGUUGGCGAAGAGACCAUGUCGACGCUAGUACAGGUGUUGACUUCGGACAACGAGACGCUGCAACGACUUGACCUGCGUGGAACUGCCAUGUCCAAAGCAGCGCAAAGGAAGUUGCAAAGAGCAUUACAAGAGCAGAGCUCCAUUGUGCAGCUUGCAAUAGGAGCCAGUGGCGAUGGCACGCCUAAUGCAUCUGCUGGUGCUGUGGCGGCAGGCGACCAGGUGGAUGGCCACCAAGUGGAGGGUGUUUCGGCGGCCACGUUUCGGCGCGGAAUGCGCAACAAGCAGUCAUUGAGCGGUCUGGCAGGAGACAUGGAUAUGUAUUGAGCGGCAAGAGAGGUGGAGAGCAACGCUGAGUGCCCCGCUGCUGCGAGUGAAACGACGAACUCUAGUAUUGUCACACUGCAAUCAGAUGGGGAGUUGAGUACCUGUUUGUCAGACUUUGACAGCUUUCGAGAGGAAACUUGUGCAGCAGCAGCAUGCUGAAAGCAUCUCAGACACUCUGGCAACAGCAUCCUGACAGCAGUCGACUAGUCCUGGUGCAAGAGGACAAGUUCUUGGCUUCAGUCCUGGCACCGCGAAACAUGACCAGUCGAUCCAGUGGCUUCAACCACGUGCAGUGGUGACGAAGCACGGUGUCCUAAAUUGGCUUGGAUCACGGAGUCCAGAUUGAGCUGUCACCGAAAGUGGAAAGUGAUAACCCUACAUGACAGCAACAGCUAGAACUAGAGAGUAGCUUAGCAGGAUCAAUUCUAAAAGGGUCGCCUAUCUCAUCACUUCAUCCAAGUAAUUCAGUCGAACCCGUGACCGCGUUGAAAUUCAGGCCUCCUGCAGCCGACAAGCUUUCAAUUUUUGAGUGAUAUCUGGUCAUUUACCGCGUCAAAGCAGGCCCAGGGUACUUCUCAGUGUGAUACUGUUUAGUUUCAGAGAGUAUUUUGCACUUCUUCUCUGAAUCAUGACGUGCUUGACCGCUGUGAAACUUGAGUGACAUGUCAGCACUCUCACACUGACCACAUGAUCAUCUUCUUUCAAAUAGAAGAGCAGCGGAUCCUGCUCAUCUCACACUGCAUUGGCUGAUCCUUGCAGCAGCGUGUUUUUCAUUUUGAAUGUCAUGACAGAAUCAGUAUUCUGGAAUCAA